AUGCGGAUAUUGGCAAUUUUAUUGAUAACAAUGUAGGUUAUGUUUGUUUGGAAUACAUUUCAGAGAACAUUUGAAUUUCAGCGUUGUCUCGACUUUUGGACAACAAUAUCAAAGAUAUCCACAGCAACAGCAACAAUAUCCACAACAACAACAACAGCAACCAAGACAAAACAACCGUUUUAGUGGAAUUUCGACUGAAGGACAAAUUCUUAGCAAAAUCCUAACUGAAUAUGAUUCAUCUGCUCGGCCACCAAAUCGUGAACAUGCUGCAAACACAGCUAUCGUAGUUAUGACCAAUAUUUUCAUAAAUCGAAUUCAAUGGGGAGAACACAGUGCUGAAGUUGAUUUGUAUCUUCGCCAACAAUGGCAAGAUGGAAGAUUGAAAUAUGAUUUGGUAUCACAAGAUGAAUUCGAUGAAGUCAAAUUGCCAGCUAACAAGAAAAUCUGGGAACCAGACACUUAUUUUGCAUCGGCUAGAGAGAUUUCGAGAGGAGGUUCAGGGCAUAGUAAAAGUGCAAUUAUUGAGCCAAGUGGAUUUGUUCGAUCUUCGGAAAGAAUUGUUUUGGAUCUUCCAUAUUCUUAUGGAACUUCUUUCCCAUUCACAAAUUCUCGUCAAAUUUCAAUCAAGCUUGGAAGUUGUAAGUUUUUUCCAAAUAUCAACGCUUUUAUUGAACCAAUUUUUCAGACAACUACGAACUUGGAGACGUUGUUUAUAUUUGGUCAAGUUCUCCACCACUCGUUAAUCCAAUCGAAGUUUCAAACGAUUUAGUUAACGGACCAGUUUAUUUCGAAGAAGCAAGUGCUGGUGAUUGCUCAGGAAAUUAUACAGUCGGAACAUAUUCCUGUAUUGAUGCUGUUGUUACAUUCCAAACUAGCACAAUUUCAUCUCUUUCAACCUGGUUCCUUCCAACUCUUCUCUUGGCAAGUUUUAUUGUUUUUGUUUUUUGUUUUCUUUCAAAAAUAUAGUGUAACAAAAAGUAAUUCAAUACUUUUGCAGAUAAUCUCUUCAUGGUUGCACUUUUGGGUUCCUCCAAGUUGGUCUGUUCCAAGAACAGCUUCGGCUGCUCUCCCAUUCCUGAUCUUGGUUGCUUAUUACGUGAGUAAUUUAGCAUCUCAACUUAAAAUAAAACGAAAUAAUUUCAGCUUUUCAAAGGAUCUGAUGCUUUUGGAAAUGGUAAAUGUGCUUGGUUGGUAUUUUCCUUGAUUAUCACAUUCUUCUCUUUGGUUUGUAUUUUUUUCAAAUCUAAUUAUAAUUCAAAAAAAAACACACACAUAUAUUUUUAGGUUGAAUACUUUGUUGCAAUUUGCUUUGGUCCUCGCCGAUCAAUUCGUUAUAAAACUCUUGGAACUCAAGAAGAGCAUCCAAUGGGAGCAGCAAAAGAAACAUUAGAAGUUGCGUAUAAUCAAGGAUGUGGAUCAUUCAGAAACAACAAUGGAAUUGAUAUCAUUUCUCGUGUUGCAUUUCCAAUCAUUACUUUGAUUUUCAUUAUCAUUUAUUUCGUAUUUUUGAUUUAA